CCCUACCCUGGUCUGUCUCACCAUAUGGACCCUGUGGAGCCUGCUAAUACCUGCCCUCAGCCACCCUCACCACAGCCUCUGCAGACUGGUCCACAGACGGUGCAAUCGCCAUCACACUGCGCACUGUCAUAUCCCAUCUGGACAAGAGGAAUACCUAUGUAAGAAUUCUGUUCAUUGAGUCCAGCUCAGCAUUCAACACCAUAGUACCCUCUAAGCCCAUCAUUAAGCUCGAGGCCCUGGUUCUGAACCCCGCCAUGUGCAAUUGGGUCCUGGACUUCCUGACAGGCCUCCCCCAGGUUGUGAAGGUAGGAAACAACACCUCCACUUCGCUGAUCCUCAACACUGGUGCCCCACAAGGGUGCGUGCUCAGCCCCCUCCUGUACUCCCUGUUCACCCAUGACUGUGUGGCCAUGCACGCCUCGAACUCAAUCUUCACGUUUGCAGACAACACAACAGUAGUAGGCUUGAUUACCAACAACGACGAGACAGACUACAGGGAGGAGGUGAGGGCUCUGGGAGUGUGGUGUCAGGAAAAUAACCUGUCACCCAACAUCAACAAAACAAAGAAGAUGAUCGUGGACUUCAAGAAACAGCAGAGGGAGCACUCCCCUAUCCACAUCAACGGGACAGCAGUGGAGAAGGUGGAAAGUUUUAAGUUCCUUGGUGUACAUACAGUUGAAGUCGGAAGUUUACAUAGACCUUAGCCAAAUACAUUUAAACAAAUUUUUUUCACAAAUCCAGACAUUUAAUCAUAGUAAAAAUUCCCUGUCUUAGGUCAGUUAGGAUCACCACUUUAUUUUAUGAAUGUGAAAUGUCAGAAUAAUAGUAGAGUGAUUUAUUUCAGCUUUUAUUUCUUUCAUCACAUUCCUAGUGGGUCAGAAGUUUGCAUACACUCAAUUAGUAUUUGGCCUUUAAAUUGUUUACCUUGGGUCAAACGUUUUGGGUAGCCUUCCCCAAGGUUCCUGCAAUAAGUUGGGUGAAUUUUGGGCCAUUCCUCUUGACAGAGCUGGUGUAACUGAGUCAGAUUGGUUGGCCUCCUUGCUCGCAUGCACUUUUUUAGUUCUGCCCACUAAUUGUCUAUGAGAUUGAAGUCAGGGCUUUGUGAUGGCCACUCCAAUAUCUUGACUUUGUUGUUCUUAAGCCAUUUUGCCACAACUUUUGAAGUAUGCUUGGUGUCAUUGUCCAUUUGAAAGACCCAUUUGCGACCAAGCUUUAACUUCCUGACUGAUGUCUUGAGAUGUUGCUUCAAUAUAUCCACAUAGUUUUCCUGCCUCAUGAUGCCAUCUAUUUGUGAAGUGCACCAGUCCCUCCUGCAACAAAGCACCCCCACAACAUGAUGCUGCCACCCCCAUGCUUCACGGUUGGGAUGGUGUUCUUCGGCUUGCAAGCCUCCCUUUUUCUUCCAAAUAUAACAAUGGUCAUUAUGGCCAAACAAUUCUAUUUUUGUUCCCAUGUGCAGUUGCAAACCGUAGUCUGGCUUUUUUAUGGCGGUUUUGGAGCAGUGGCUUCUUCCUUGCUGAGCGACCUUUCAGGUUAUGUCGAUAUAGGACCCGUUUUACUGUGGAUAUAGAUACUUUUGUACCUGUUUCUUCCAGCAUCUUCACAAGGUCGCUUUACUGUGCUGUUGUUCUGUGAUUGAUUUGCACUUAUUGCAUCCAAGUACGUUCAUCUCUAGGAGACUGAACGCGUCUCCUUCCUGAGCGGUAUGACGGCUGUGUGGUCCCAUGGUGUUUAUACUUGCGUAUUAUUGUUUGUACAGAUGAACGUGGUACCUUCAGGCGUUUGGAAAUUGCUCCCAAGGAUGAACCAGACUUGUGGAGGUUUUGGCAGAUUUUUUUCUUUUGAUUUCCCCAUGAAGUCAAGCAAAGAGGCACUGAGUUUGAAGGUAGGCCUUGAAAUUCAUCCACAGGUACACCUCCAGUUGACUCAAAUUAUGUCAAUUAGCCUUUCAGAAGCUUCUAAAGCCAUGACAUAUUUUUCUGGUGUUUUUUUCCAAGCUUUCCAAGCUGUUGAAAGGCACAGUCAACUUAGUGUAUGUAAACUUCUGACCCAUUGGAAUUGUGAUAGUGAAAUAAUCUUGUCUGUAAGCAAUUGUUGGAAAAAUGACUUGUGUCAUGCACAAAGUAGAUGUCCUAACUGACUUGCCAAAACCAUAGUUUGUUUACAAGAAAUUUGUAGAGUGGUUAAAAAAAACUAGUUUUAAUGACUCCAACUUAAUUAUAUGUAAACUUCCGACUUCAACUGUAUCACUGACAAACUGAAAUGUUCCACCGACACAGACAGUGUGGUGAAGAAGGUGCAACAGCACUUCUUCAACCUCAGGGGGCUGAAGAAAUUUGGCUUGUCACCUAAAACCCUCACAAACUUUUACAGAUGCACUAGAGAGCAUCCUGUCAGGCUGCAUCACCACCUGGUACGGCAACUGCACCACCCACAACCUCAGGGCUCUCCAGAGGGUGGUGCGGUCUGCACAACGCAUCACCGGGGCAAACUACCUGCCCUCCAGGACACCUAUAGCACCCAAUUUCACAGGAAGGCCAAAAAGAUAAUCAAAGACAACAACCACCCGAGCCACUGCCUGUUCACCCUGCUGUCAUCCAGAAGGCGAGACCCAAAAGAUUGCUCUCUGUAGUGAUAGUGAGAUCUCAUCUGUGCCGAGGGACCUACCGGACAACAUAGAGGAACUCCACCUGACACAUAACCACAUUCAGAUGCUACAAGAUGACUCCCUCUCCCGCUACAUCUCCCUUCGCACUCUAAGCUGUGCAAAAAACCGCUUGGAGACAGUGGGGUCAAAACUCUUUCACAACUCACCUCAUCUAGAGAGCCUCAAUCUAGCUGCCAAUCAACUUCACGUUGGAUACCAGGAAACUAGCAGGGCACUGCUCACCCUGUCUAGACUCAAAGUUCUGGAUCUGUCAGAAAACCAGCUUACAAACGACAUAGCUUCGGUCCUCCUCCAGAAUAUGACGUCCCUGGAGUACCUCAACCUUUCCAGGAACCUCCUGCUGAGGCUGGACGAAAGUUCCUUCAGCGACCUCCACCAGCUCAGAGAGCUGGACCUGCAGAGGAACAUGCUGUUUGAGAUCGUUGAUGCCUUUGACCACCUGCACAAGCUCCAGAGACUAAACCUGGCCUUCAACCACCUGGCCUGCCUGAUGGACUUCGACAUGACCCAGCUCGUGGUGCUCAACGCAAGUCACAACAACAUUGAGUGGUUCAUAGCCAACCAGGACCUCCAGGAAACUUUCCAGCUGGAGACCCUGGAUCUCACCAACAACAACCUCCUUUUCUUCCCCUUCCUUCCCAUCCAGAGCCGCCUGAGGAACCUCCAUCUGUCCCAGAACAGGGUGAGCUUCUACGAACACCUGGCAGACACCGCUGGCUACCCAAACUGGACCAACAGUGUCCAGUUCUUCAACCUGAGGGGCAACGUGACCAAUGUCACAGCCCAGCUGUGGGACGAGAGCCUUCACGGUGACAUCUCCUCUCUAGACCUGCUGGAUCUGAGUGGAAAUCAGGUGGGCUACUUCCCCCAAGGGUUUAUCAGCAAAAUGCCUAGCCUGGUCAGGCUCAGGAUGCAGACAAACUGUCUCGAGGUUUUAAAUCUAACACUGGAAAAACUUCCAGGGACGUUGUACGAGUUGGAUGUGAGCAACAAUAGAUUGACGGAGCUCCAUGCUGACCAAGGUAGUUUAAGUGAGUUAGGAAAACUGAGCUAUCUCAACCUGAGCCAGAAUGACCUGCAGAGUCUUCCUCCUAGACUGUUCUCCUCUCUCACCAGCAUCAGCUCUGUGGAUAUCAGCUUUAACAGAAUUGGCAUAUGCCCCCUUGAGGAAUGGGGCGGGAACAGAGAUGGGUGUAACCAAUCAGACUGUGUUGUUUGGAGAAACAUCAUCUCUCUGAGACAGCUCCACCUAUCAGGGUGCAACCUGGGGAGACUGCCAUCGUCAGCAUUCACAGGGACACCUCUAACACACCUGGAGCUGUCUAACAACCCAGAACUCAACAUUGGGCCCAGAUCGAUAGUAGGCCUCAGCAGAACUUUACACCAUCUAGGAUUGGGAAACACAGGCCUGAGAGACUUUGACUUCUCCCCUUUCCACCACUUAAAGUCUUUGAACAUUUCCAGAAACUCUCUUACUCAGCUCCCUGCUUCACUACAACGCCUUGAGCUGAGGCUGCUGGACCUGAGGGACAACAAACUUAACACUGUCCCCUCAGAUCAGGCUAACACAUUAGCCUUGAAACUACAGACUGUUUUUCUUAAUGGAAACACUUUCAACUGCUGCCAGUUGGACUGGUACAGGACGUUUGAGAGGGCGAAAACGGUCAAUAUCAUCGACCUCUCAGACAUUUCAUGUCAGGAUCUGACAAAAAAUACACACAAAGUGGUGUUUUUAGACCCUUUAAUGUGUGGUAGGAGUGAGGAGGAGUCUGUAUACUGGUACAUCCUGUUGUUUAUCGUACCUGUCCUCUGCCUGGUUGGGAUUUCUGUCAUCUUCCUGCUCACCUUCAGGCCCAGACUGCUUCCCAAGGCCAUUAAAAAUAAAUGCCGGAGGCCCACGUCAUACUGACAUUUCAGUCACCUUCCCUGUGUUGUGGAGGAAAGGUCAAAUGAUUAAGACAAUGUGGUACAUUCUGUCCAAGUGUGAUGUUUUGCACAUGGGUCGUUUCAUGUCAUUUCAGCAAGUCAUGACAUCCACCAUCUCAGAUUGUUCUGAAAUCGUUUCUGUAGUUAGAAACAGAUACGGGGUGGCAGAUAGCCUAGUGGUUUGAGCGUUGGACUAGUAACCGAAAGGUUGCAAGAUCGAAUCCCAGAGCUGACAAGGUAAACAUCUGUUGUUCUGCCCCUGAAGAAGGCAGUUAACCCACUGUUCCUAGGCCAUCAUUGAAAAUAAGAAUUUGUUCUUAACUGACUUGCCUAGUUAAAUAAAGGUUAAGUAAGAUAAGCAUUCCGGAAACAUUAUUUUGUUGAAAAAUAAUUGGAUCUCUGAGAAAUUAAGCUAAUUGAUUUCACCCAAAUUGACCACUUUAAUUUAUAGGAUUCAUUAUAAUAUUCAAUAAUUAUAGUACCAAAUUAUUUUCUAACAAUGAGUAAGACGUGAGAAAUCCUCACACCAAUCCCAACCCAGCAAAGAGUAUAUAAUAUCAGUUCUCUAUGUUUGACACGUAGUUUGGAGUUGCGGCUCUGAGCAUUGUUUCUUCAUCCUAUGUAAUGUAUUCUCAGUGAAUUUGGUUGAAUUUGGUUGUUGUUAGGUUACAAAACUAACAAAACCUUUCUCCUGAUAUUACCAUAUCCAAUGCAAGUCAAAUGUACCUAUAUUAGCAUUUUUGCACUUCAUAUCCAAAUCAUCUAUAAGUCACAUCAUUUACAUUUUUAAAUACUUUAGGAUGAUUUGGAGAUGAAGUGUAAAAAUGCUAAUAUAGGUACCAGGAUGUAGGAUGGGACAUACAGUGCCUUCAAAAAGUAUUCACAUCCUUUGACCUUUCCAAAUGUGUGAAUACGUAUGUAAAUGAGAUAUUUCUGUAUUUAAUUUUCAAUACAUUUGCAAAAAUGUCUAAAACAUGUUUUCACUUUGUCAUUGUGGGGUAUUGUGUGUAGAUAGGUAAUUGUUUUAAAUAUUUAAUCCAUUUUGAAUUCAGUCACAACAAAAUGUGGAAUAAGUCAAGGGAUAUGACUACUUUCUGAAGGCACUGUAAAAAAUAAUAUCACCAAAAUCACUGAGAAUACAUUACAUAAGAUGAAGAAACAAUACUCAGAACCGCAACUCCAUACUACCUGUCAAACAUAGAGAACUGAUACUAUAUAACCAUUGAUGGGUCGGGAUUAGCGUGGGGUGUGGGGGGUCAAUGGGUGGCGUUUAACCAUGUCUUUGGAUUCUUCAUGUCUUACUCAUUGUUAGAAAAAAGUUUGGUUCAAAUCAGAUGUAAGGUACUACAGUAUAUUUAUUGAAUAUUAUAUGAAUCCUAUAAAUUUAAAAUGUCCAAUUUGGGUGCAGUCAAUUAGCUUAAUUUUAAAGAGAUUAAAUUAUAUUUCAACAAAAUAAUGUUUCCGGAAUGCUUAUGUUAACUGUUUGUAACUACAGAAACGAUUUCAGAACCGAUUUCAGAACAAUCUGAGAUGGUGCGUGUUGAAAUCCUCUUUCUGGUGCUUUUUGAGGAAGAACGAUAUCAAUGCAAUUCCAAGGCAGAAAUAAAAGUUUCCUUACAAAGCAAUUGAGUUUAGGUUAGUAACUAAAACAUUUAUAUUAGGAGAGAGUGGGGUAAAUUGAGCCACAGUUGUUUCUAGGAAACCAUACACAAAAUGAAUCAUUUGACCAAAUAUUUAGGAAGAUGUCAUCAUUUCAUGGACUCUGUGAAGGAAGAAAACACAUUGAAAAAGUAGUAAGCAAGUUAGAUCCAAAAAAUUGAUUUUCACCAAGUCAAAAAGAUGUAUUAUGUUAGAGGUUUCAUGAUGCUUGUAUCUUAACCAAAGUAGAUCAUUUAAAGAUCGUUCUAUACAUCAGUUUUGGUCUCUAUAAGCUUCCAUAUGAGGUCCAAACCUAACAUGAAAGUGCAUCCCUGUAGCUCUGUGGGAUAAUAUAGUCAAAAUGUUUGCCUUGGGUUAAGUUGAGCUAAUUAAAAGUGUUUUCUUCCCAGGUCGCUUUUUAUAAUAAAAUAAAGAUAUGUAUAUUUUUUUUGUU